GUCUGGGUGGAGCAGUGAAGACGGUGAAUCAAUGGCAAACGGUAUGGCGGGACUUAAAAAGCCGCACCAGCAUUAAAGCACGGAAUCGGCGAAGGCAACAAGCUUUAGCUGGGAACAGGCCAAUCAGCGAGGAGCCCCUAACGGAAUUCGAGAGGCGGGUGUCUGCUCUUAUAGGGGAGGAGUAUAUGAAGGGCCACGAUUCAACCCCUGAAAAUAUUCCACUGGAGGAGGUAAUCCAAAUGGGUAUCGAAGUGGAAGAUGAAAGGGUGAUUUCGGAAGCCCCGUCGCCUUUACGGACGCCACUGGCAGAGAAUUUCACGCUGAGGUCAGGUAAUUCCCAUAUCUCAGACAGGAGAACACCACGGGCGAGCUUGAAAAGAAAGCGCAUGGAAGAAGACGGUAAUGCUCGGAAGAAAUUUUUGGAAAUAGCAGAAAAACAGGCAGAUGCACUAAAGAUGCUAGCCCAGUCGAGUAUAGAAACAGUAGAAGUCGCGAAACAACAAGCAGAUGCUUUAAAGAUCUUAGCCGAAAGCAGCUCUGCAAUUGCUCAGGCUAAUAAAAUGAUGGCGGAGGCAAUAGCCGUAUUGGGGAAUGGAUUAAGCGCUACCGCAGAAGCAUUCAACAAUCUAACGAAUGCAAUAUAUCGUAUGUAG